UGAAAGGUCGGGAAAAUGGCGGUGCUCUGAGGGUUGAUUGUGAGUGGCGGCGGCGAGCGAGCGACAGCCAGCAGUCCCGCUGAUUUUUCUCCCGAGUCUGAGCGACGAUUAAGGGGAGGAUGUUGGGCCGUCUCUGGGCCCGGGCGCCUGCUUUGUUCAGGCCUGGGCUUGGUUACCAGCUGAUGGGUAGGAUGGUGGAGUGCAGGCGACGGUAUCCUGCAGCAGAACGGAAGAAAUUUUAUCAGGAUGUUAGCAUUUCUCAAGGGGAAGGAGGAGCGUUUGAGAUAAACCUGGAUCGCAGGAAACUGAAGACACCUCAGGGAAAGUUGUUCACGGUCCCCAGCGAAGCUCUGGCAAUUGCUGUCGCCACAGAAUGGGAUUCUCAGCUAGACACAUUGCAGUUCUUCACCAUGCAUCUGACAACUUUAUGCAACACUGCACUGGAUAAUCCCACACAAAGAACAAAAGAACAGUUGAUUAGGGCGGCUCUCAAAUACCUGGAUACAGAUACUGUCUGUUACAGAGUGGAGGAGCCACCUGGUUUAGUGGAACUCCAGACAAAUGAAUGGGAUCCAGUCAUCAAAUGGAUAGAAAACAGAUAUAAUGUUGUUAUUGGCACCUCAACAAGUAUCUUGGGACCAAACAUUCCAAAGGAGUCUAAGCAGGUCUUUGAGCAGCACUUCUCUUCAUACAAUUCCUGGGCCCUAGUAGGCCUGGAGUAUGUCGUCCACCAGCUAAAAUCAGUGGUUCUUUCAUUAAAUCUAAUUGACCGAAAUUUGAAUGUAGAGAAGGCUGUGCUGCUGUCUCGACUCGAGGAACAAUAUCAGAUUGAGUUUUGGGGAAACGUUGAAUGGGCACAUGACUACGACCUAUAUGAGCUUCGAUCCCGCACGGCUGCUGGAGCCUUGUUCGUCCAUCUGUGCUCAGAGAGCACCGCUAUCAAACACAAGCUGCUGCAGGACUAAAGCGACUGAUCAUUUGUUCAACUCUUUCCUUUAACUGCAGAAUUCUUUUCCUUGAUGGGUACAUGUUGAUCCGUAAUUUAAAAUGAUAAUAUAAUAAAAAUGUGUCCUGCCUA